AACGUUAGCAUUUUAUCGCAUUUAAGCAAGUUAUGUAAGUUAGCAAAUUGUUCUUUUGUUGUACAUAGAUCUUUUUUUUUAUACCGUUUGAGGCUCAGCUCAGGUAUUUUAUUGUUUUAUGUUCCUUAUCCGAUUACUCGAUUAUUCGAACUAACUAGUUCAUCGAUUAAUCGACGACUAAAAUAAUAGAUAGCUGGAGCCCUAAACUGCAUUAACCAUCAAAGUGAAGUCUAACUGUAACUGUAGUCUUGAAACAAAUCUGAAUAAGGAACAUUGCAAUGCAAUAAUGCAAACUGGUUAAACUUGAGAGUAGCUGAGAUCUGUCAUGACAGAACAUCACUUCAAUGAUAUCUGGCACCAUCUAGCGUCGUGAAUGGGUAUAACGUCUAGACCGCGAAUAUAAGACGACCCCCACUUUUUCAGUAUUAUUUCAAUGCAAAAAAACACCGUCUUAUAUUGGGGCCAAUACGGUAAUUUACAGAAAAAUAUGGCAUAAUUUAGAGAUGGUUUGAAUUACGAUUAUUUUUUAAGCUGUGAUGAACUCGAUUAAAAAUUUUAAGUGUUCGUUGACGAAAUAUUUUCGUUGUCGUCAUCGUUGAGGAAAACAACACUGAUGUAAAGUAUUAACUGUGCAGUCUUUAUGAAAAUUGUUAAAAAGUAGACAAGAUACUGGAUGUGGCAAGACAAUCCAGUAAUGAUUAGGGAUGUCUCGAUCCAGGUUUUUGCACCUCCAAUCCGAUACCGAUAUUGUUUUGCACUUCCGAUCCGAUACCGAUACCGACCUAUCUGAGCAUGUGUUAAAGGUUAAAGUUAUUUAGCCUCCUUACUUAGUUGUCAGACUCAUGUUGAAAAAGGUUUUAGCACCCUUGAUAACAACUAGCCAGCUGAAUUAGGUGAGUUUGAAUAACACACAUGGUAACAAGAAAUUGACCUGUUUAUUCAGUGACAAACACAAAACAUUAUAAAUAACAAACAGAAAUGGCAUAGUCAGUCAGUAAAUGUGCAAAUAAUAUUGUAAACUGUCUUAAAAAAGCAAAACACACCGACAACCUCAGUGGAAAAUCCCACAAAUCCCCCAAGCUAUUAGAUGCUUUUAAUGUUUCGUGUAUUAGUUACAAAAAUUGUAUAAAAAGCCUCUCAGGUUUAAAUAAACGACUAUUUCAGUAUCAAGUUAACAUUUUAAAACAGUAAAUAAAAUACUCAAGUCCCCAUUCUGUAUCAGCAGCUUUAAACUACAUUCAAUUCAUUUAAUUUUGCGAAUCAACUGUUAAAGUUGUUAAAAUUGCUCCCGUUAUUCCAUAAUUUCACUUCUGUCUACUUUCGACAUGUGAAAGUUUUAAAACUGUUUUGAAGAUAGAUUCAAGUCAAGAUUUUGCCGAUUUGGGAGUAUUUUAGAUAAAAAGUUAAUUAGGUUCGCUUGGAAGGUUCACAACAGCCUACUAGGGAAGUCUUCUGCUUUAAGAUGGCGGCUGUUUACUAACGCAUCUGGUUUUCAAUACUUCAAUGUUGCUAACUCAGUCGAGUCUGUCGUGUAGCAUCUGGUUCGAUAUACAUAUGAUAUCUAUUAUCUCCAGUAAAACAACGUUGACGUAGUUUGUUGCGGCUGUCAGCAGCAGUCAGGUAUUCUUGUGUUUUUUUAUCCAGCGGCAUGAGUUGAGCUAAAGCCGUGAGUUGAGCAUUGGCAUUACCCGGGUCUAAGACAAGUUAUGUUUACUUUCGGGACGCAAUGCGGUCAGUUUCUCAUUGCGUCCUGAAGACCGCGCUGUGUAUUAGUUCCGCUUUACUUGACAUAUUUCAAUCAUCGGAAUUUGGAUGUUUGUGAAUCGUUCUCGAAUCUUCCACGGCCGAAUCGCGAGUUGGAUGGUGCGUCUUUACUCACGUGAGAUAAUGGCUCGUCAUCCAGAAUGACUUCUUCGGCAAUGACUCUUGUUAUUCCCUGGGCUUUGGGACUGUCGAGUGCCAGUUUGUCACGCAUAGCAAAAGUUUCUGCCAGUGUUAGUUGCGUAGGACCUUUGUUUUUGUCUUCGGUUUUCUUAACAUACUCCUCAUAUUGUUUGUGGUGGUAUUUCGCUAAAUGCUUGAUUAGGUUGGUUGUAUUAAAACUUCUUACAGCUUUACCACUACGCUUGACUUUAUUGUGGCAUAUGUUGUCCUUUAAGGUGAAAUGAUCCCACACAGCUGACAUUUUUACCGAUAAAGUCUCUCGGUAAAUUGGGAGACGGUAAUGUAAAUGUAGUGUGUUGAAGGUGUGCCGUCAAAUGCGGACUGGAUUUUAGGGAAACCGAAGCAAAAACUGGAAUGGAUUAUGUAAACCGGUGCGCUGGAAAACCUGGACCGGUCUUUAAAAAAAAAAACUGGAUCGGAAGUCUGGAUCGGAAUUCUUCCCGUGUUCCGAUCCGAUUCUGAUACGCAUUUUUUUGCCCAUAUCGGCGUCCGAUCCGAUCCAAAUGUCGGAUCGGGACAUCUCUGAUUUAAAGUAUUUAUGUGCAGUCUUAAUGAAAAUUGGCAAAUACUAGACAAGAUACUGGAUGUGGCAAGACAAGUUUAAAUAUAAUGAUUGCCAUUUGCCAAUUGUAAUGGGAGCACAAAAACACACAUUUGCACCUCCUGGAUGGGAAACUACAUCUCAUAACACAAGGACGUCUGUCUCCAGCAAGAGAAGGCUUAUGAAUCGCUUUUGUCAAUGUGUGGCAGCGCUGGUAGACAGACAAGCGCGAUUGUGUUAGUUUCUGGCGGCGGGUAAAAACUACAGCAUGUGCAUGCAGUCUGAGACACACACACACACAGACGCUCAGAGGGAGGGGACACCAAAAGGAGUGGAAUCUUAAACAGCACCAAGCAGAGAGGAUGAGUCGAGGCUGUCUGACAGUCAGUGUCAGUCUAUCAUUCAGCAGAGCAAUGGGGUCAAGGCUCAGUACCGGUGCUGUUUCAUGGCUCAUUUUUUCUGAAGCCCGGUAAAGUGGAAGUGGCUCGUGGAUUCAACAGGAUGCAUCUGUUUCAAGAAGCCAUUCAGGAGGCUGUGAUGAAGCUACCUUGUUUUGUGGAGGCUGCUAUGUUGACCCAUUGUGAGAUGGACCGCAUCCUGAGUGAGAGCUUCUUUAUGGUAAAGGGUGCUGCGCUCUUCCUACAACAAGGAAGCUCUCAGCAGGGCCAAAAAGUGCAUCCUCACCACAAACAUGCAGGGGACUUACCUCAACACCUACAGGUGAUGAUUAACAUUCUCCGCUCAGAAGACCGGAUCAAACUGGCUGUGCGGCUGGAGAGUGCGUGGUUAGAUCGUGUGCGAUACAUGGUAGUUGUGUACACAAGUGGACGGCAAGACACAGAGGAGAACAUCCUACUGGGAAUCGACUUUACUAACAAAGACUGCAAAAGCUGUUCAAUUGGCAUGGUGCUGCCACUCUGGAGUGACAGUAAAAUCCACUUGGAUGGAGAUGGGGGCUUUACUGUCAACACAGCAGGGCGGACUCAUGUCUUCAAACCUGUUUCAGUGCAGGCUAUGUGGUCGGCUCUCCAGGUGCUCCACAAGGCUUGUGAGGUGUCCCGUAGGUAUAACUAUUUCCCCGGGGGUAUGGCUCUCACUUGGAUGGGUUACUACGAAAGCUGCAUCGCUUCAGAGCAGAGUUGCAUCAAUGAAUGGAACACCAUGAAGGACUUGGAAUCCACACGUCCAGACUCGCCUACUAUGUUUGUCGACAAGCCUUCAGAGAGAGAGAGGACAGAGUGCCUUAUCAGAGCCAAACUCCGAAGUAUCAUGACAUGCCAGGAUCUUGAGAAUGUCACAUGCAAACAGAUCCGCACCGAGUUGGAGCAGCACAUGAGCUGCAACCUCAAGGAAUUCAAAGAGUUCAUCGACAAUGAGAUGCUGUUGAUUUUGGGCCAGAUGGAUAAAGCUACACUCAUCUUUGACCAUGUCUACCUGGGCUCUGAAUGGAAUGCAUCAAAUUUGGAAGAACUGCAAGAAACGGGAGUGGGAUAUAUCCUCAAUGUAACAAGAGAGAUAGACAACUUUUUUCCUGGCACAUUCAGCUAUCACAAUGUUCGCGUGUAUGACGAAGAGGCCACUGACCUGCUGGCACACUGGAAUGAUACGUAUAACUUCAUUGUUAAAGCAAAAAAAAACUACUCCAAGUGUCUUGUUCACUGUAAGAUGGGCGUCAGCCGAUCUGCCUCCACAGUCAUUGCGUACGCCAUGAAAGAAUAUGGAUGGUCACUGGAGAAGGCCUACAACUUUGUCAAGGAAAGGAGGAGCAUUACACGACCGAACCCAAGUUUCAUGAGGCAGCUGGCAGAGUACGAGGGCAUUCUUGAUGCCAGCAAACAGCGUCACAACAAGCUGUGGCAUCCAGACACAGACUGUGAGAUGGCAGAGGGCCACCCGGUGUCGGCCCAGUGUUGCGGUGAAGACGAAGGGGACCACUUGACCCCGGAGCCGGUGAUGUCUCUCUGCUGUGAAGAAUCUCUGCCCGUUAAAGGUGCAGCAUGCUCCUCCCCUUGCCGGAAAGUAGCCCUGGAAAUUGACCCUGCCUACAACAACUACUACUUCCGGAGGCUUUCCGACUCCGCAUUGGACAGUGAGCCGUCAACACCUGUACGUGGCCCUCCCCUUCUUGGCAUGGAGAAAGUCUUCAUUGAAAUUGAGGAUGUUGAGCGAGAUGCUCUGCUGGACGAUGAGGCAUUUGACGGGCGAGACGGUCUGGGGCUACCCCCUUUCGGGUCUACAGCGGAGGGCACCGCAGCCCAGACCUGUAAUCGAGGCCCCGAGCCCCUGGAGGAGCUACGUCUGCGGCUAGAGUUUAGCACAGUGGAGGAAGAGGAUGAAGAAGAUGUGCAAAAGGAGGAAGCAGACAUGGAGGUUCUAAUGCAGCCAGAUGAAGGCGGGGGUGGUGACGGAGGGGGAGGAGCAGGGGAAACGCAAGAUGUAGAGGUGGAAGGCGAUGUCGACAGUAAUGGCAUGGACCUCGCAACCCUGAAUGAAAAUUCCAACAACAACAACCGUUUUACCUCUCACCAGAACUUCAAUGGAAAUGCCACCCCUCUUGCAGCUGAUGUAUCUUUAUGUUCUUGGAGGGACAUUUCAUCAACCUCUCUUUCAGAUCCUUGCCUUAAACCCAGUCCUCAUGAAAUCCCAAGUGCUCCGUUUCAGUUACCCCAGACCUCUUCUAAAGACCUCGUGUGUUCAACGGUGUCUCUUUCCGACUGUGCCAAGAGUGCUUCCUUUGCUUCUGCCACGCCGCCCGACGCGCCACAGCAAAUAGCGGACUCCCUUCACGCCGUCGGGGUGGAGGACCGCGAUGAUAUGUUGCAUGUGAACAUGGAGUGUGAGAAUAGGCUGUCUGUAGGCUCUUCAGAAGUUCUACCUGAACUGAUGUCAAUGGAGAUGCUCAAAGAUACGCCUGCCACGGAUUGCUACCUGAGCCAGCAGAGGGAGAACUCGGUCGAGUCGCAGAGGUCGGGCGUGGUGCGCCGUCACGCCGAGAGAUUGGAGAGACUUUGGGGUUUGACCCAAGAGAGCCUGCAUUCUUUGAAGCCUAUGCACGCAUGUCAAAUGUCCAAGAAGGAAGAGUUUCCUGGCUUUCCUAGGGACUUGAUAAAAUCAUCUACACCGUGCCAAGUAAGGUUAGAGCCACUGGUUGUUCCACUCACCAAUGAAGCCUUGUUGGGGGUGGUGGGGUCGGGGAUGCUUACCCCUACCUCCUCGCCACACAGCACCACGUUGACGCGCAGCUCCAGCAGCGACAGUCUUCGUAGCGUGAGAGGAAAGCCCGGCUUGGUUCGUCAGAGGGCGCAGGAAAUCGAGACACGGAUGCGUUUGGCGGGACUCACCGUGUCGUCCAGGCUCAAACGGUCCAACUCGCUGGCUAAAUUGGAUAGUCUCAAUCUCUCCUCUGAGGACCUGUGCUCCGCCUGUUCUUCAGAUGCAGGAACACUACUCCUUCUCUCAUUGUCACCAGAGCCGGGCCAGUGGGAGUCCCCUACCGCACCCUCUCAAUCCCGACCCUGCAAAGACUUGCACACUCCAGAGAAAGCUCUAGCAGGGGAGCCCGUAAGCUGACACACAUAGAAGUGCUCCAGUUCACCUCUCACCACAUAGGGCUGGAGAGGCUUGUACAGAUUGUGGAAUGAAAAAAAGAAUAUAUACGAAGCAUUCACAUGUUUGCCACAUUUUUUGUCGAACUGUGUAGGUCACAUUGCUGUAUCUGACAAGAGAAGCCAUCAGUUCACCUCUGACUUGGUUGGGAUAAACAAGUGCCUUGUGUUUUAGACAACAGCGGCACAAAGUCUAAGGCAGAAGGCUAAGAGGUUCAGUGCAACCUUUAAUUCAUAGUCCCUAGUACCUAGUAUUUACUGACAAAUCUGCUUUUUUCUACGGAGCCCGUAAAGCGACAUCAACAGUAAUGAAAUCAAUUUAAACCAUCUAGUGUGCACCAGAUAGUUUCAAGAAUACACCAGAAAACAAUCAGGUAAACAUUAACAGUAUAUAGCAUUUAAGCUAGCGGACUUUUGCUAUGCAAGUUAGCCAAUUGUUCAAAAUUCGGCUAGCUUAAAUGCUAUGGAAUGCUAAUGUUUACCAGAUUGUUUCUGGUGCGCACUAGAAGGCAAGUUAGCCAAUUGUUGUUUUGUAAGAUCCUAGCGGACUUUUUAACAACUGGCUAAUUUGCAUAGCAAGAGUCCGCUAGCUUAAAUGCUAUAAAAUGCUAAUGUUUACCUGAUUGUUUCUGGUGCGCACUAGAAUGCAAGUUAGCCAAUUGUUGUGUUGUCAGAUCCUCGUUUAUUUUUUUAUUUUUUUUAUACAUCGUUCGAGGCUAAGCCCGGUCGGGCAUCGGGCACUGGCAGUUUCGUUGAGCUAAAAAUGCUAUUAGAGGAUAUAGUUGAGCUGCUUCAAUCUUGGACUCAACUAGCGCCUGAGCUUAGCCUCAAACGAUAAAUAAAUAAAUGAAGAUCUAAGUAAAAAAGAACAAUUGGGUAACUUGCAUAGCACAAGUCCGCUUGCUUAAAUGCUAUAUAAUGCUAAUGUUUAUUUGAUUGUUUCUCAAAUGAUAUAAAAUAAAUGAGGAUCUUACAAAAGAACAGUUGGCUAAAUUGCACAGCCAAAGUCCGCUAUCUUAAAUGCUAUAUAAUCCUAAUGUUUACCAGAUUGUUUCUGAUGCGCACCAGAUUGUUUCUGAUGCACAAAUUGUUUCUGGUGUGCACCACAUACUAUCUGGUGCGCACCAGAUAGUAUGUGGUGCACAGAUCUGUUCUGGUGCGCACAAAAACAAUCUGGUAAACAUUAGCAACAUAUAGCCUUUAAGCUAACGGACCUUUGCUAUGCAAGUUAGCUAAUUGUUCUUUUGUGAGAUCGUUGUUAAUUAUUUUUUUACAUCGUUUGAGGCUAAACUUAGGCGCGAAUUGGACACCAACAGUUUCAGUGUGCUAAAAAUCAUAAUACAGGAUUUAGUUGAGCUUAUGGUGCGCACCUAAAACAUACUAUCUGGUAAACAUUAGCAUGAUAUAGUCUUUACGCUAAUGGACGUUUGUUAUGCAAGUUAGUUCAUUGUUCUUUUGUAAGAUUCUCAUGUAUUUUUUUUUAUAUUGUUUGAGGCUAAGCUCAGGUGUGCAGCAGUUUCGUAAUCCUAAAAAUGAUUAGUUCAGCUUUACUUCAAUGUGGGACUCAAUUAGCGCCUGAGCUUAGCCUCAAAUGAUAUAAAAAAAUAUAUAAAUGAAGAUCUAAGUACAACAAAAGAACAAUGUUCUAACUUACAUAGCGAAUGUCCACUAGCUUAAAUGCUAUAUAAUGCUAAUGCUUACCACUUUGUUUCUGGUGCGGACAAGUCCACGAUCUUAAAUUGUUUCUAGUGCGCACCAGAAACAAUCUGGUAAACAUUAGUGUUAUAUAGCAUUUAAGCUAGCAGACUUUUGCUAUGCAAGUUAGCCAGCUUCUGAUGCGCACCAGAAAGUCUGGUCAACAUUAGCAUUAUAUAGUAUUUGAAGUUAGCGGACUUUUUCUAUACAAGUUGGUCAAUUGUUCUUUUGUAAGAUCCUCAUUUAUUUAUUUUAAAUCGUUUGAGGCUAAGCUAGUAAUAAUAAGUAAUAAUACAGGAUUUAGUUGAGCUUUACUUCAACCUUGGACUGAACUAGCGCCUGAGCUUAGCCUCAAACGAUAUACAUGUAUGUAUAUAUAAAGUAUGUACAACAAAAGAACAAUAAGCUAACUUGCAUAGCAAAAGCCCACUAUCUUAAAUCCUAUGCAAUGCUAAUGUUUACCAGAGUGUUUCUUGUGCCCACCACAAACUGUCUGGUAAACAUUAGCAUCAUGUAGCAUUUAAGCUAGGGGACUUUUGCCACGAAAGUUGUUCUUUUGUUCGAUCCUCAUUUAUUCAUUUAUAUUAUUUGAGGCUAAGCUCAGGCACUAGUAAUAAUAAGUAAGUGAUAAUACAGGAUUUAGUUCUUUAUUUCAAUCUUGGACUCUACUAACGCCUGUGCUUAUCUAAGUACAACAAAAGAGCAAUUGGCUAACUCUCAUAGCAAAGGUCCGCUAGUUUAAAUGCUAUUUAAUGCUAAUGUUUACUAAAUAGUUUCUAGUACGCACUAGAAAUAGUCUGGUGCGCACCAGAAGUAAAUUAUUAUCUGGUAAACAUUAGCAUUAUGUAGCAUUUAAGCUAGCGGACUUUUGCUAGCGCCUGAGCUUGGCCUCAAAUGAUAUUAAAAAAAAUAUAUAUAUAUAUAUAUAUAUAUAUAUAUAUAUAUAUAUAUAAAUGAAGAUCUAAGUACAACAAAAGAACAAUUGGCUAACUUGCACAACAAAAGGCCGCUAGUUUAAAUACUAUAUAACGCGAAUGUUUACCAGAUUGUUCGAUCAGGUGCGCAACUGAUGAUUUAAAUUUGUUAUUUCUGUCGAUGUCCCUUUAGGGGUUCUGUAUUUUUCUUGUACCAGUCAGGUACAAAAGUAGUAUUAAAUGAAUUUAUUUUACUGUCAGAGUUGUCGUGAAAGUGUCAAUAAUCGUAAAGUUGUUUACCACACUGUUCUUUGUUUUAGAUGCCAUAGGCCUUCAUGCUGAAUUCAUGGAGAGCUUUUUCUAGCUGAAGUUGGGAUAGCGAUGAAAAUGACGUGUGACAAAGCGUUAACUUGAAUGAGUGAAUGAAACGAAAAGCGGAGAGAGCUCGGCUUUCACUGUCUUCAACAAACAUCAGAAUUACUUCUGAGUGUUGUUUCUUUGCACUUUUUUUUUUUUAUUAUUGAUAUGUAUACUGGUACACAAGCUACCUUCCCAAAUAACAUUAAUGUUACUCGCCUCACCCGUCAUCAUCCAUUGAGUGAUGUUUGGGAAAGCGGUGAACAGCCAUGCUGUGUUGGUUGAAAUUUAAUGCAAAUCAAGGAUUUCAUAUCAGUUUUUUUUUUUGCCAUAGUUCUAUGAACUUUUUUCAUCCUUGCCAAAAACCAAACCAAAGCUCUAUGGCUGUCUCAUCAAGUUGAAGCUGUACAGUAUAAUCAUGUCAGUCAUGUAUUUAAAAGCUGUCACACCGUUUUGCACAUUUGGGAGAAAUGGGGGGGAGAAAAACUUGAGGGAGUUUUUGGGCUUAUUGCUGUUAUGCUUUUAUGCUCAUAUCCACUUUUUAAAACUGAUCACAAUAGGUUACGUCAUUUUUGGUAACCAUGUUUUUUUUUUAAUCGGUAUGCAGUAACUUUUGUACUGUACAUUGCUGUAGUUUGAAUGCAUAUUGCACUUUUUAUGUUAAAUAAUGUACUGUAUGUGUUGAUUAUGAAAAUAAACACGUUUUUUCAUUAUACAAGGUGGAUGUGUGCAGUAGGGCUGCAGCUGUCGGAAUAUUUUAGUAGUCGAUUAAUCGAUGGACGAGUUCGA